GCGAGUCGCUCCGUUCUCUUGGGUGACAUGAAGACAAACGAGUGACAAAGACAGCAAGCGGCGGUAGCAGAAGCAGCGGCGGCAGCGGUAGCCGUACGCCAAGGUAAGGCCGCGCGCGCACCGCUCCAUCCGGCUCCGCUGACGUCCACCUGCCGCUCGUUCGUCAACUAAUUGGAUCUUUGAUGAAUUAAAACUGAUUGAACUCAAUGACGACCCCACGAUAGGGGAGUUUCAAACUAAGGCCCGGGGCUAAUAAUGGAUCACGUCGUCUCCUUCGUUAGGUUUUUGUUUAAUUGCGUUUCACGCGACUCGAGUCGGUAGACGUCCGUCUCGUCGCGAACGGCGUGACGCGUCUAUGCCGAUUUUUGGACGGAAAAACCCGGAGGCGCACCGAAGACAGUCGCGUUGACGUUGUGUGCAGGAUCGCAGGCUCGUCAUUGGCUGGAGGAGUGGGCGUGGCUUCUCACGAGUGGUAGACCUGCGGAAGCAACAUGAGACUGAGGGCCCUCCUGGUGCUUCUGACCAGCACCACCGUUCUUGCCGGCGACAAAACGGACGCGUGCGGCGGGCGAGACUGCACCACCUGUCGAUGCUUUCCGGCCAAGGGAGGGAGGGGGUCUCCGGGUGCUCUCGGGCGUCAGGGCCCCCAGGGACCCCCAGGCUUCCCGGGCCCUCAAGGUCCUCCGGGAGAGAAAGGCAAGCGAGGAGAUGAAGGCCCAGCAGGCGCUUCGGGACCAAAGGGAGACACGGGAACUGUUGGCGUUCCUGGAUUCCCCGGUUUAGAAGGAGUUCCGGGGCAUCCGGGCGCAGCCGGUGAGCCCGGGCUUCCAGGUGUGGACGGAUGUAACGGGACCAGAGGAAAGCAGGGAGUUCCCGGCCUACCUGGACAGCGAGGCCCUGACGGAGAAGCGGGUUUUCAAGGACCGAAGGGAUUUCCAGGAGAGCCGACAUUCUUCUUCCUGGACUACCCUGGAGCGCCUGGAGAGGCCGGACUCGGGGGACUUCCCGGUCUGUCGGGUGGACAGGGUCCCAGAGGUUUGAGUGGAGUCGCGGGUCCUCUUGGCCCUGAUGGCGUAAAUGGUCUUCCUGGCCUGCCAGGUUCCAGAGGAUUACCUGGUGACCGAGGCCGAUCGGUGCAGGGCUCGAAAGGAGACGAGGGAGAUCAAGGCCUCCAGGGCCCCCCGGGACCAUUUGAGGUCGUAGACCUCCCAGAGGACUAUUACAUCAAAGGAGAGAAGGGAGUGGCGGGGCCGAAAGGGGCGUGUGGACCACCAGGCCUGCCGGGGCUGGAUGCUCUUCCUGGCAUCAAGGGAGAGAAGGGGAUCGUCGGCCCUCCCGGACUUAGGGGACUCCCUGGACGUCCUGGGCGACCAGGUUGCAAAGGAGCCAAGGGCGCUGUAGGAAUCCCUGGUCUUCCGGGUCUGAUCGGACAAGAAGGUCCAAAGGGCAUGAUCGGAGACCCCGGUCCUAAAGGCCUCCCUCAGGAAAUUGUCAUCACCCAUUCGGGUGACGUCGGAGAUCCGGGGUCUCCUGGACCGACGGGACCUCCGGGUGAUCGCGGCUUCAUUGGAUCACAAGGGCCUCGCGGAUCCCCCGGUAGAUCCGUACUAGGACCACCAGGUGCGGUGGGACCAGUGGGGACCCCGGGAAGCAGAGGAGACAAAGGAGAACCGGGGCAGUUUUUCACAGAUCAAACUUUUCCCGGGGAAGUCGGAAGUCCAGGGAGCCUCGGACCCAGAGGCCAAAAAGGACAACCGGGAAGGCCGGGCUAUUACUGCCUUCCCGGCGUGCCAGGAGAACCCGGAGAACCUGGUGAACGGGGACCUUCGGGGCCCUCGGGAAUUCAAGGAUUCAAAGGUCGCCAAGGUGAAUGCUCCUGUGGCCCCACUGUUGUGCUGAGGGGAGCCCCGGGCCCAGCCGGGGAGCCCGGGUCGGCAGGCGAUCAAGGGUCCCCUGGAGCUCAGGGACCAAGAGGGGACAAAGGCUUCACGGGAGACACCGGAGCAGCGGGACAACCGGGUCUGGGUGGCCUACCUGGUUUCAAAGGGUUCAAAGGUCAAAAAGGAGACUUCAUUGUGGUGGAAAUUAAAGGUGAGAAGGGCGAAAGGGGUGAGCUGGGUGUUGCUGGUAGACAAGGUUUCCCUGGGAGAGCAGGACAGGAUGGAGUCCCUGGACUCCCUGGAAGCCCUGGACCUCAGGGAGACAGUUACUCCGGUCCUCCAGGGGACCGAGGUCUUCCGGGUCUCACUGGCCCCAAGGGACUAAUUGGACCACCUGGCCCCCAGGGAUCAGGUGUAGUUGGAGCAAUUGGAGACCGGGGGUUUCCAGGGGCCCCGGGGCCUCCGGGAUUCCCUGGAUUCCCUGGUCUGAAAGGUGUUCAAGGCGAAACACUUCCUUGUGUACCCAGAAACCCAGGAGCCCCAGGACAGAAAGGGGAAGCUGGAGACACAGGCCCCGUAGGACUUCCUGGUUCUCCUGGUUUCAAUGGAUUCACAGGACCCGAUGGACCUAAAGGAGAGAAGGGACUGUCUGGACUUCCCGGUCCGGCUGGACUAGCAGGACCUCCAGGUUUAAUUGGUGAUCCUGGAGAUGAAGGACCUGAAGGAUUCAGUUUUGCUGGAGAACCAGGCUCUCCAGGUGCACCUGGAAUUCCUGGACUGAGAGGACCUGCAGGAGAGUCUUACGUGGGGACCGCGGGGCCCAUUGGCUUUCCAGGGCUAGCGGGCUCUCGGGGACCUAAAGGAGUCCCAGGUGAAGCUGGCAACCAGGGUUUCCAAGGAGUUCCAGGUCUGCCCGGGGUUCCGGGACCAAAAGGCCAGAGAGGCCAGGAUGGCGCACCGGGCAACAUUGGUCCCCCCGGCCCAGUCUAUAAUCAGUGCCAAAAAGGAGAAGCCGGUCCCACGGGCCCUCCUGGUCCACAAGGACCCAUUGGCCCCUCAGGAUGUGCAGGAGAGAAAGGUGAUCCGGGCCAAACAGGAUUGCCGGGUUAUGGCCCACGAGGCCCUAUGGGUAAAGCAGGUUCUCCUGGAAUUCCUGGCUAUCCAGGGCUUCCGGGGCCCCCGGGUCUCAGUGGAGACUCUGGAUUUGCAGGGAGGGAUGGCCAAAAAGGUCUGACGGGACCUCUCGGUCAGAAGGGUGUCCAAGGGGUCGGAGGCUUGAUCGGGUUCCCAGGUUACCCUGGGAGGAAGGGAGAGCAUGGUCCUAACGGACAAGAUGGCAGGCCAGGAUGUCAAGGUCCUAAAGGAGAAGCGGGCUGUAAAGGGUAUCCAGGACCCCCUGGAGACACGCUAGGUGUCCCCAUCAAAGGCACGAGAGGAAAAGCGGGUCCCCCCGGUGUCAACGGUUUCCCUGGUGCACGAGGAAAUAAGGGCGGACGAGGUAUUGCGGGCAGGCCCGGGUACCCGGGUGCCGAUAUGCCUCCCGGCAUCAAGGGUCCCCCGGGUCCGCCUGGGUCUUUGGGCAAACGUGGACUUUCAGGAGGAACCGGGCAUCCCGGACCUUCCGGUUUCCUCGGCUUUCCCGGAGAAACGGGAGACUUGGGUGACCCAGGAUCCCCAGGCAGGUCUGGUGAACGCGGUCGACAAGGACGUUCUGGCUCCAAAGGCGAUCGAGGAGAGUCUCGACGGAGAUCCGGUUUACCUGGGGAUAAGGGGCCUCCUGGAGACUCUGGGCCUCCAGGUCCUACUGGACCUCGAGGUGACCCGGGACCAACGGGUUUCAUCGGAGAGCCGGGCCAGAUGGGCUCGAAAGGAGAUCUGGGACAACCCGGGGAGCAGGGACCACCGGGUGUCAUUGGGCCCCCAGGUGCCAGAGGUCGCCCAGGCAUUCCGGGUCUUCCUGGUAACGCGGGUGCCGACGGUCCCCCUGGACCACAAGGCAUCUUGGGACAUCGAGGUCCUCCCGGACCACUGGGACUUCACGGCCUUGAUGGACUGAAAGGGGUCAAAGGAGACAUUGGCACCAGGGGUCUGAAUAUUCCAGGUUCUCAGGGUUCUCAAGGCCUUCCAGGAGAUAAAGGCUCUCCUGGUCCUCCAGGUCCGCCGAGUUCAUCACAGCCUGGACCUCCGGGACCCAGAGGCUCUGCAGGAUCCAGAGGGCCACAGGGACCACUCGGUCCUUCAGGUGAACCUGGACCAGACUGCCAAGGUCCUCCAUCAGGGAUUUUGGGAGAUCCUGGUGAACCCGGAGAGGAUGGAGUGCCAGGUUUCCCCGGAGACUUGGGGGAGUCUGGUCCUAACCUUCCGGUGCCUGGCGAUGAUGGGGACAACGGAGAUGACGGGUGCGUUGGUCCUAAGGGAGAAGAAGGACUCCCGGGGCCCGUAGGACAAACUGGCGUAGCUGGAAUUCCAGGGUUCACAGGUGAGCGGGGCUCUCCGGGACUGAUGGGAAUACCAGGAAAUCCGGGCCCCAGAGGUUUUCCGGGACCGAUUGGACCUCUCGGUUGUAAGGGCUCUACCGGUCCGGCGGGUCCAAAGGGAGAGAUGGGCAGAGUUUUUCCUUGCCCUUCUUACCCUUCACCCCCACGUGGUGCUCCUGGAGUUCCUGGGCCUCCCGGUUUACCAGGAAAUCCUGGUUUUCUCGGAGAAAGUGGCUUCCAGGGACUCAAAGGUAAGAAGGGGGACGCCGGCUGUGUGGGGCAACAAGGCUCUCGAGGGCCACCGGGUCCCGAUGGAGAACCGGGUCGACGAGGUCCGGAAGGGGAGAAUGGUGCGGCGGGGGACAAGGGUGACCCCGGUCGGACCGGGGAUCGCGGACCUCCCGGACCGUCGCGAGCCGUCAACGCCGGCUUCCUGACGGUCAUACACAGCCAGUCCAAAGAAAUCCCGCCGUGUCCGCGGGGGAUGCGUCUUUUGUGGCUGGGAUAUAGUCUCUUGUACCUGGAAGGCCAGGAGAAGGCGCACACUCAGGACCUUGGUCAGGCGGGCUCGUGCAUGCGCGUCUUCUCCACCAUGCCCUUCGCCUCCUGCAACACGGGAGCGUGCUCGUACGCCGGCCGCAACGACAAAUCCUAUUGGCUGUCGGCGGCCGCCGCCGUGCCGGCCCUGCCGGUGGGCGGGGAAUCCAUCCGCGAGCAUAUCAGCCGCUGCGCCGUUUGCGAGGCGCCCUCCGCCCCCGUGGCGUUGCACAGCCAGUCCGCCGUCCGCCCGCAGUGUCCCCCAGACUGGGCCAGCCUGUGGACCGGCUACUCAUUCCUCAUGCACACGGGCGCCGGCGACGAGGGCGGCGGCCAGUCGCUGACGUCGCCGGGAAGCUGCCUGACGGACUUCCGGCCUCAGCCAUUCGUGGAGUGCCAGGGACCGCGAGGGACGUGCCACUACUUCGCCAACAUCUACAGCUUUUGGCUCAGCACGCCGGCGGCCGACGCCGUGACCGCCGAGGUCGGCCGGCAGAGGGCCAACAUCGGCCGCUGCAACGUCUGCAUCAAAGUGGCCCCUCCGCCGUGACCCCGAAACCACAUCUUUUGGAGUUCCUGUCCCCGGUCGCUCCAUUGCGCUUUCCUUUUGACUUUCGAGCCAACGUAGCAAAUGGGAAUCGACGACGUCCGAUCUGUUUGGACCUAAGACAAACUUAUAUCUGAAUGAUUGGGAAAAAAAACGUCUUUUUUUUACUGAUACGAUUCAAUAUUUUCAGACAAUAAAAAAACACCGUUCACAGAUGAAUGAAAAAGCAUAUUUUUUUAUUCUCAGAUUCAUCGAUCAAUAAAAUAUGAAUUAUUUUUUGGGGGCGAUUCAUCGUUUCACUCGUGAGUCCAACAAUCGCAACCGAUGCUAGAUACGCUACAGGUUCGCUAUUUCCACUGCGACACGCAGUAAGCUGAAUUCUACUGGGGUUGUGACCAUACUUUAGGAUGGUUAUCCAUACGCCAAGACUCAUUACACCGUUUUAUAAUAAAGUAGCCAGCAGGUUUGCCACUAUAGUCGAUCGCAAUGCUAGUGUGACUAGCUUGCGGCAAAUAUUUUUUGAAUGUACAUAGUUAAUUAUGAUUAUAUUGUGUGAGCAACAUAUGUGGUUAUGAAGCCUGCUGUUUUCAAGGUCAGGAGCAAAAAAAACAAUUAGCACCCCUCCCAUAGACGAUGGUAACUUACGUACUCACAUUGUUAUGUUCACUUGUGUGCAUUAUGUAGCCUUUUCUGCUCAGUCAAAGCAAUCAUGCAUUCACAUUCUGGUUAGAUUUAAAGAGCAUAUGACACCAGAAAAAAGUCUUAAAUGGCAUUAUUAUGUGAAUUAGAAUCAUAUUUUGAGACGAUUCGACUAUAUACAACAAUUUAGCAAAGCGCAGAUGACGAGAAAUUAGUCUUUUAAUCUGCCGGUUAGCCACGCCUACCAUUAUAGACCCUACCCACGUGACGUCAC